AUGUACCUACUUCGACGAUUAUUCGCGAGCUGGAGGCAACGGACGCCGAUCACGCUUCAAACGCUCCCCAUAGAUCUACUCAUCAGUAUCCUGAGCGAGCCUGAGCUCUCCCCGCUGGACCUUGUGUCCUUGCGCAAGACCUGCAAGGCGCUGCGCGAUGUCCUGGCGCUGCGAGUCGUUUGGCUCGCACGCGCAAAGGAGAUUAGCGCCGAAGACGAUACCUUCUGCGGCGACGAUGAUCUCUCCGAUGUCCCUCUAUCUUACCUUGAGAACAUCGUCGCGGCGCCCUUCCGUAUCACCCACUUCCUGGAGAACAUCUGUCGCGGCGAUGCACAGGAGACGCCGCCAUGUUUACCAGUGCAACUCGCAGAGCGGUUUUCCCUCCUCAAGAGCAGCGAUCCCGAGGACGCGGUCGUCAGGGCUGUGACCAUCGUUCGCGGAGGGAGAUAUCUCAUCUACGUAUGCGCUGAUGAGUUGCGCCUUCUUGACCUUUGGCGCUCAUCGCGAUUGGUUGACGAAAUGCUCGUUGCCUCGUUAGCGCUACCACACGCAUUCUUUUAUACGGUGGACGAUUACUGGCUGACAGAUGACUGCGAGCUGUGGGUGGCCUUAACGCUCCGAAGUGCAGACAAUACCAUCUUACUAUGUCGCGCUGCUGUUUCCUCGGGAGGGGGUCGAUGCUUGCGAGUACAUGCGCAGAUUACGGCCUUGCAGCUCAGAUAUUGCUAUCGGUGCGGUGAUCUCAUAGCAUUUAGCGAUGGGUCCACUGUCGGGGUGUGGGAUUUUAUGACGGGAGCGCAAUCGCAAUGGAGGUGCGAACGGUUGGUUCUGCAGGCGGUCAUCUCUUCACAUAUCUUAUUCUGCGCCGUGGCGGGAUCAACCACUGAACUCCAUGGUUUCGCUAUCCCAGAUAUGAUCUCGGCAUCCCCCGUCAUACAAGAUUCCCAGCACACUCGACUCAUCAGGCAGGACAUCAACACGCUGCGCGUCAAUCCGACGAAUAUGUAUAUUUUGGGCAAAGAUAAUGCCCGACACAUCAACCAUUUGCGUCGUUCCCAAAAAGAGGAUGCGUACUUCACACUGGACGUGCUUCAGAUCGUCGCGGUUAGUGAAGGUGGCAUAGCGCAGAUGGUCGACUACCCAGACGAGUCUCUCGUGGCACAACAUCGUUAUACCACCCGUCUGGGGGCGACCUUUCGUGACUGGUAUGUCUCCGUGUGGCCACAGAUACACCGUCAACCGUGUUGGAGCACGGCCUCCUCCGUCCUUGCGAUCUUCGCCAAACGCCCAGUGGUCGACGAGAAUGGGUCAUCUGAGGCGGAACGGGUUUUCAAGAACGCGCCUGGCGCAGGAGAUUAUGUCGAAGUGACCUUGCUUCCCAACACGGUAGAGCCACUUGCUAGGAACCAGGGUUUUGACCCUACGUCCGACCUACUCAUCAUCAUCUUGAGCGAACCGAAUCUCCUGCCAUUGGACCUUGUCGCCUUGCGCAAGACAUGCAAGGCACUGCGCGAAGCUCUAGCGCAGCGUGCGCCAUGGCUUCAUCGCGCGAAGGCAGCUUGCGCCCGGGAUGGACUCUUCUGCGGCGACAACAACGAUUUAUUUGAUGUCCCACAGUCGCGCCUGGAAGAGAUCGUGUUAGCUCCUGCUCGAGUCCUGCACUUCAUGGACCGUAAUCGUCGAGCGGAGCAUCUGAGACCGGCGUGUCUUCCAAUAAAGUCUACGGAUCAGUUUCCCCUCAUGAUGAACACCAACCCCGAAGACGCUACGUGUAUCCCUCGAUCACUGACUAUGGUCCGUGGCGGGAGGUACCUUUUGUAUAUCUCUGCGUACCAAUUGCGACUUCUUGAUCUCUGGCUAUCAUCGCCAUCCUCGUCAGCAACUUGCGUGGCUUCGUGUGAGCUGAGGCAAGGUGGCAACUACGAAGUCGUUGACCAGCUAUGUGUCGCGGUGCGGGCUCAAGGCGAGCGCGAAGAUGCGCUCUCAGUAUUACAGACUAGCGUUUCCUCGCAAGCGUCGAGAUUCCGGGUGCGGGGACAGCUAACAGCCCCUGCUAUCUGCUACGGUCAUCGCUGUGGUGACUUGAUCGUGUUCUACGAAGGCACCACGAUGGGGAUAUGGAAUUACACUCAAGACCGAUACACGAUCUGGAAUUGUGGUUGCAUGGUGGUUCUCGUCUCCGAUGCCGUCUUCUGCGUAUCGAUGGGAGACGAGUUGACGCUAGAGAAAUAUCUUCUGCCGAGCCUGCAGCAAGGAAUGCAGCUUACGCCUCAACUUAUAUCGAGCAGAUCCUUGGCUGUGAUGCCUGAGCCUGCCGGUCACCAACGACCAUCGGUCCACAUGUUCACGAUACGAACUGCCAAUCACCUCCGCGAGCCGGACGACGAGAGUGCAUAUAUCAUCAUCUGUGUUCACUCGGAGGAACUACACGUCGUUGCCUUGAGUAGCGAUGGACGACCGCAAACUUCCGUCACCUACCACGACAGCUUUUGCUUCAAGCGAGGGCGAUACCCACUCCCGCGCGGGACCCUCUUCCACGACUGGAUCGUAUCAGUCUGGCCGCCGGCGAGGUCGGAGCUCAGCGGUCCAGUCUGCGCCGUCUUUACGAAGCGCCUGUGUCCCGACGACCUGCUGGAGGACGUACCCGGAAGUGGUCGGAUACCUUGGAGGGAGCCUGGACCGCGGGACAUCGGCAAAUUAGGGCUGUUUCGCCACUCGGUGGAAGAAAGUAUUCGGGCGCAGGGAUUUGAUCUCACGUCGGGCAUGUACUGGUAUCAGACCGACCAGGAUCCCACUUUUGUUCACGUCGUUCGCUACUGA